AUGGCGGAUAAAUCAAGACCUAGCACAUUGGCCGUUUACCUCUAUGUUCCCAAUGUUAUUGGCUAUGCAAGAAUUAUAAUGAAUUGCUUUGCUUUCGCGAUAUGCUUUGAGAACAAGCGUCUUUUUUCUAUUCUGUAUUUCAUCAGUUUUGUCUUUGAUGCAUUGGAUGGUUGGUUUGCACGCAAGUUGAAUCAAGUUUCAACUUUUGGAGCUGUUCUUGACAUGGUUACUGAUAGAAUAAGUACUGCCUGUCUCUUGGUUAUUCUAUCCCAAGUUUAUAGACCUGGAUUUAUUUUCUUGUCAUUACUUGCUCUAGAUAUUGCCAGCCAUUGGUUGCAAAUGUAUAGUUCCUUCUUGGUUGGGAAAAGUAGUCAUAAGGAUGUCAAAGAUAGCACCAGCUGGCUUUUCAGGCUUUAUUAUGGAAAUCGGAAGUUCAUGGGUUACUGCUGUGUGUCUUGUGAGGUUCUUUACAUUGUUUUGUUUCUUCUGGGAAAGAAUCAGCCUGAGAAUAUCAGUGAAGUUUUAGUAAAUGCGGCUAUGCAAAGCUGGCUCUAUUUUCCUCUGCUUUCAUUGACUCUUAUUGGAUGGGCAAUCAAGCAACUAGUCAACGUUAUACAGAUUAAGACAGCCGCUGAUGCAUGCAUUCAUUACGACAUUGAUAAGCAGCGGUAG